CCUCUCACCAUGUCCUACAACUGCUGCUCUGGAAACUUCCCCUCCCAGUCCCCUGGGCAACACCUGCGCUACCCAGGAUCUUUCUGUGGCUCAUCCUACCCCAGCAACCAAUUCUGCAACACCAACUUCCGCUCUCCCAGCACCUGUCAGCUGGGCUCCUCCCUCUCCAGUGGCUGUCAGGAGACCUGCUGUGAGCCCACCAGCUGCCCGACGUCCUACCCGGUGUCCAAACCCUGCCAGAUGUCCUGCUACCCGUUGAGGACCUCCACGCUCUUCAGUCCCUGCCAGACAAAUUACACUGGGUCUCUGGGCUUUGGCUCCAAUGGCUUUCAAUCUUUGGGUUGCGGCUCUCCCUCUCUGGGCUUUGGAUUGGGUGCUUUCCAAUCAGUGGGCUAUGGUCCCAGUGCUUUUUCAUCCCUGGGGUGUAGAUCCAGCUUUUACCGUCCACUCUACUCUUCUAGAAGCUGCCAGUCUGCUUUCUACCAACCAACUUGUGGAUCUGGCUUCUACGAAUCUUAUGUUUGA